AUGUUACUCAACGCCGAGACCGCCCUCUCAACUUCCAAAGUCCUCCUGGUCCCCUACUCAACAUGGCACGUCCCACGAUACCAUGAAUGGAUGAAAGAUGAGGAAAUCCAAGAAGCAACGGCCUCAGAGCCCCUAUCUAUAGAAGAAGAAUACGCCAUGCAGCGCAGCUGGCGCCAAGACGCCGAUAAAUUAACAUUUAUCGCCUGCCGACCCGUAACCACAGACUCAUCAACCAACCUCAACCCAGAAAAUGACUCUGCUUCAAAUAUGAUCGGAGACAUUAAUCUCUUCCUCCGCGUCGAUGAUGGUGAUGACGGGGACGCGCCGCCAGAAAUCAUCGGAGAGAUUGAGCUCAUGAUUGCCGAAAAGGCCAACCAGCGUCGUGGAUUUGGAAAAGCUGCACUAUUGGCGUUUAUGAGGUAUAUCACUGAGCGUCAGGGGGCAAUUCUGGAAGAGUUUGUUAGUGGGCUUGAUGAGACGAUGAAGGCGAAGGUGAGGGCUAGGGAGGAGUUGAGGUUUGAGUGUUUGAGUGUCAAGAUCGGACAGACGAAUGAGAAGAGUCUUAAGCUGUUUGAGGGACUGAGGUUUGUGAAGGUUUCGGAGGAGCCGACUUUCUUUGGGGAGUUUGAGUUGAGGAGGGCGGAUUUGGGGAUGGAAGGUGUUGAGUUGGAUAUGAGACAGGCGGGUGUUGAGGGGUAUAGAGAGGUGGCUUAUAAGCGGAAGGAAUAG